AUGCUCAAGAUCAUGAUCAAAGAGCAGAUCAAGUUCAGCCAAAAACAUACAUAUACACCCGACGAUAUCACCAAGCACUUCUCUCGCCCUGUCUCUGAAAUCGAUGCAGCCCUGGAGAUAACAGUCCAGUACUCAGAUCUGCAACUUUUUUUCUCGGAAGAAAGUGUCAGCAUGCAUGACAUCUACUAG